AUGCUGAACUACAGCCUAAGCAACAUCUGCGGGUGCGUGUACACCGGGGGGAAGAUACGCUUCAGCGGGGAUGGGAACUCUCUCUUCGUGCCAGUGAACAACCGAAUCAAUGUUUACGAUCUGAACGAUAACAAGUGCAGCACGCUAAGAUCGGAGAGUAAGAAUGACUUGAGGCACAUCGUAAUUCAUCCCAACAUGGAAAUAGCCAUAACGAUCGAUAAGUUCGAGUACGGGUGCAUAUUAAAUCUGCUAAAGGAUCAGAUUAUAUCUCGGAUACUUUUUAAGUCCAAGACGGGAAUUGUGACUUCUUUUAACUACGAGAAUAUGUUCUCUCCUCAAGAGGAACAGGACACGGUGAAUUGCGCAUUGUUCACACACAGGGGGGAGUACUUCCUGCUUGGCAUCGGGAGGAGAGUGGUCAUAUGGAAGAGUCCACACAGGAAGAAUAACUACAGGUUGGUUAAGUACAACGACAUUUGCUACCACUCGUUGAAUGUGACAUGGAUUGAUGUGUCAGAGGAUGACCGUUUUUUUCUGACAUGCUCGUAUGACCUAACCAUUCGGAUCCACACGGUGGAGAAGAGGCGGAAGGUGCGGCCCACCGUUUUGGGCGGGAACAAGAGCACCAUUGUGGCGGCGUUUUUUUCCAAGGGGGGGGACUUCAUCUUUAGUGUGAACAAGUCGGGCCUGAUUUUGAUCUGGUCCUACGAGAAAGCGGCGGAGGAGAAGUUGGCGGCGGGAGAAGCGAUGGACGAAGCGGUGACCAAAGCGGUGAACAAAGCGGCGAACAAAGCGGCGGACGAACCGCUAGACGAACCGCUCGAAGAAGCGACCGAGGAACCGUCUGAACAGCCGUUUCCCACAUUGUCUGGCCCCACCAAGGCGUUCGCGCGGAGGUGGCGGCAGAAGAAGGUUUACUUCUGCAAUCAGGAGAAGAACGAAGAGGUGACGAGCGCGUGUUUCAGCCGAGAGAACAGCCUGGCGGUGAUCGCCUACUCGAGCGGGCGCUUCAGCAUCUACAGCGCGCCGGAAAUGACCUCGCUAUACACGAUAAGCAUAAACGCCUGCACAAUCGACGACAUUACGAUUAGUAGCGAUGGGCAGUGGAUAGCCCUGGCGGAGGCGAACAACGGCACGGUGAUAGUUUGGGAAUGGAAGAGCGAAAGUUACAUUAUGAAGCAGAGUACUACCAGCAGGAACGUCCAAUGUGUGAAGUUCUCACCUAUCAUUAGUCACCUGAAGAUAGGGAGUCACAUCGUAGAAACGGGAAAUGCUUAUCAUGAGAGUGAAAAUUUUAGUAGCAAGUUUGUUAUCGUCACGGGGAGUGAAGACGGGAGUGUUCGCUUAUACGACUACGUCAGUUACAUGAACUUCGUCACCUUCUCUGUUCACAGGGAUGCAGUGACGGAUGUGUGUUUCCUUCCCCAGGGGAAUGCAUUCGUUUCGUGCUCGCUGGACGGCACAGUGCGGGCGUUCGACCUCGUGAGGUAUCGGAACUUUAAGGUGUACACGGCGUGUGGGCUGGAGGAGGAGGGCGUGAGUGGCGGCGGUUCUCCCAAUGGAGGGGUCCCGCAACUGCAGGUGCAGUUCCUCUGUGUGAGCGUUAACCUAAGUGGGAACAUCAUCGCUGCAGGGGGUCGAGGGGCCGAAUACGUCGUGUACAUAUGGAAUGUACAGACAGCUAAAUGUAUCGAUAAGCUGUACGGACAUGACUCCCCAAUCAUUAAGGUUUGCUUCAGCACGAGUCUCAAAAAUGAAGGCAUAAUAGCAAGCUGCUCCUGGAGUAAAAAGGUCCUACUCUGGGAUCUAUACGCACGAAGGAACAAAGGAAGCAAAUUCGAUGAGAUGAUAAAUUCUCAUGAUGUCUCCUUUAUGUGUUUUGAUCCCAGAGGAAAUGACAUUCUAGCUAUAUGCACCAUGAAUUGUAGAAUCAUUUUCUGGGAUGUCCACUCUCAAGAGAUUAUUGGCACGGUGGAAGGAGCGAGGGACAUUAAGAGGGGACACUUCAUUGGACAGCAAUACUCAUCCAUCCCUCGUAUGAACAAGCGGAAGAAGAUAUCGAAUGGAACGCAGAAGCGGAAUGGAAAAGAAGCUGACUAUGUCUACAAAGACGAUUUGGAGGAUGAAGGGAUAAACUCAGUGGUGAAUCAGAAUUGCUACUUCACUGCUGUAGAUUACAUACAAAAUGGGAACUAUCUAAUUGGAUGCGCAAAUUGUAGCGUCUCCAUGUAUAUCUAUGAUACGAACCUGUAUGUUCUGAUGAAGAUAAUCGACUUGACUUCAAACUUCUCCGUGGAUGGGAUCAGGAGGGAGAUCUCAAGGAGGUACCUCACUUCCCAGGGUACCAACAUUUGUGAAUUCGACCUCAGUGAUGAGGAAGGAGAUGUCUAUAUCGACAAAUACAGGAUCGAUAAUAGGAAAAAAAAGAACAGCAUCCUUCCUGGAAGUUUGGAGGAACACUGGAUGGUUAAUAAGUUUAAGAGGCACAAACUUACGUUGCAUCGAUUGAGCAUCUCUGGUGACGACAGACACGUGGCUGUUGCGAGUAGCGGCGGUCUCUACGUUUUUACGAAGGAUCACCAGUUUCAAUACGUCGUUCCGGUGCGGUUGUUCUCGAGAAAGGGGCAUGGGAAGGACCUCACUUCGGGGGGCGGCGCUGCCUACCGCGGACUCGUGGCCCCCCUACUGUACGAACCGCAAUACUUAACAGAGCAUGUGAAUGUGCCGAAUUUGAAGAUGGCCCUGAGGAGGAAUGAAUACAUGAAGGCAUUCCUCCUUUGCCUGGCUCUAAAUAGCUACGAACACAUGGUGGAGGUGUAUGAGACGACCCCCUACCACGUGGUGCCCCUCUGUGUGAAGAUCCUCACGAAGCCGUUUGUCUUUCUCCUCCUUAAUUUUAUCAAGGUGCUGCUCCUUAACGAUACGAUGAAGCAUAUCCACCUUCACCUCUGCUAUUUGAAUGCCAUUUUUACGAGUCACUUUAGCGUUUUCAUGAAUACCGAUUUGGGGGGUCAUCACUCCUCCGGGUGCGGAAGCACUAAGGCGUGGGAGGGCGGCGAGGCUAGGGCAGCCUCUCCCCACGCGGCUGAAGACCACCGGAACGCGCUGCUGCUCAUCCUGAAGCAGUUGUUCACGGUGUACAGCGGGCUACAGCACCUCUAUGGGGACAACACCCACGUGCUGCGCUACCUGUGCGCUCAGCGGGCUUAG